GUGCUUCACACAAUACAAUUAUAGCUGGUUGUGCUGCCCGGCGUCGCUCCUUCCCUUUUCUUUUCUUGUUGACACGUAUAAUACCACUUGCAGCAUGAGCAAGCGCGCGGCAAAGGCCUCCGCCAGCAGUGCGCGUGCUGCUUCGACGUUUGGCAGCGCCCCCGCGUUUGGUGGGAGCUUUGGAGGCAGCGCGUCGCAGCUGUCAUAUGUGGCAGAGCCGCCCAACCUGUCGUCGAUAUCCGACCCCAAUGUUGUAGUCUACUUCCGCAACCUUUUGAAGAAGGACAGCACAACCAAGGCAAAGGCGCUCGAGGACCUGCAGACUUACGUUGCGGCGCUGCGGGAGCCGGUAGAGGAGGGCGUGUUGGAAGCAUGGAUCACCGUGUACCCGCGCACCUCGAUAGAGAACGCCAAGGCUGUCCGCCAGCUGUCCCACACCGUCCAUGGCCUCAUGGCGGUGUCCGCGGGCAAGCGCAUUGCCCGACGCAUGCCGAAGAGCGUCGCAGCCUGGCUGUGCGGUCUCUACGAUAGCGACCGCGCCGUGGUCGACGCGACACAGAACUCGCUGCGCCAGGUCUUCCCCACGCCCGAGAAGAUCCAGAACAUCCGCAAAGCCUACCAGCAGCCCAUACUCGAGUACUGCCGCGAUGCAGUCGACAAGGAGAGCACCGCCACCCUCAGCGACGAGCGCACCGUCAGCGCAGACGAUGCACAGGCAAAGUACAGCAGGGUCAUAUCCGCAUGCCUAGCGCUGCUGGGGAGUCUGCUGGCCAAUCUGGCGCCCGAGGAGCUGUCAAGAUUCCAAAGCGACUACGACACGCUGCUGAGCGCCAAGAAGCUGUGGGACUUUGCAUCACACGCAGACGUCUCCAUACGGCGCUCGCUGCACCGGCUGCUGAAGACGUGUUUGGUGAAGCAGCCCGGCGCAGCAGCUGCGAAUCUCGAGACCAUUAGCAAGGCUUACCUCUCAGUUGCCCUCAACUCUGACCAGACCGGCUCCGCAUACGACUACCUCGAGGCCCUCGUCCAGCUCACCACAGCUCACCCUACCGCGUGGACCGAACACUACAGGAGCAAGACAGCGGUCGACAGGCGCUUACGGCAAUUCGUGAAGAAGGGCUCGCAGUUCGGCCCACAGGACUACUGGACCCGCUUGGUCGAGCUGUUCGGGGCGAUACCUGCCGAAGUCCUGCCUAGCCAGGCGGCCGAUGCUGCAGAGCUUCUCGCUGCUCUCCAGGCCGGUGUGACCAGCAAGAACGAGGCCAAAUACAGCCAGGAUGCCGCCUAUACUGCGUACUUUGAGAUCUUAUCCUUGGUCAAUGCACGGCUAUCAGCUGGCGAUAAGGAGAAGUUCAUACAGGACAUGGUGCUGCCUGUCAUAAGCCAGUACCUGUGUCCUUCGGCGGAGACGUCACAAUGGACCAUUCCCGCGAGUGCAGGCAACCUCCUUGCUCGAGCGCUGGCGGUUGAUGGUGUCACCGGGGCGCUCUCGGGACAAUGGCCACAGUACGCCCAGCGACUCACCGACGACAUCAAGACCUCUGCGCCAGAGCAGUCGAAGGAUUAUGAAAAGUCUCAGACAGGGGUAUUGCAACAUGGCACACGGUAUGCGACACUGCAAGAGCAGGCUCUCAAGGUCAAUGCGGACCCACGGCUGGUGCAACGUGUCAGGGAUGCCGAGUCUUCGAUCAUCACCGAGGCUUUGACAGUCGUCAAGAACAGGAACGGAAAGCCGUAUGGCGCUGCAGGCACGAUUGCGGCAGUGCUGUCCCGCAACAAGGACUCGAUCAGCGAAACAAGUGGACAGCAGCUUGAGCAGUUUGUUGAAGGUGACCUCCCCGCCAUCGUUCUGUCGCCCUCCUCUACCUACCUGGUCGAUAUCCUGUAUUCUUUCUCGGACUCUGCAGUCUUCAAGAGUGCUUGGAGCGCAUCACUCAAGGCAGUCUUGAAGGCAGACGACUCUGCGGUCAAGACCACGGCACUCGAGGCUUUGCUCACGUCCCCCAAGAUCCCAGCAUCUUUUGAUCUGGCCAGUUCUGACGCCGAGCUACAGAGCUUCGUCAAGUCCAACGUGCAUGAAGCUGUCCAGGGCUCUUUGGAGUGGGACUCGUUCACGCGUAUCCUUCAAUCACAGGCCAAGAUCUUGGCUCCAGAGACCACCGACGACGUUCUAGCCUACCUGACACAGUCGCUGUCGAUAUCGCAGCAUGCGCCUUCCUCGCUGCAAGGCCUGCGCCAGAUCGUCAAGUCGAACCCGUCCAUGCUGCGAGAAUUUGCCGCCACACCGAAAGGCGGAGAACUCCUCCAAGCGUUGUUACGCGCUUCUGAGUCACCCAGCGACGACAUUGCACAGGGUGCAGCCACUGUCAGUGCAUCUAUACAGACAGUCCUCGCGUCUGAUGCCGGCACGCAGAACUCAAUGUACGAUCUCAUCCACCAGGGUCUGCGAGACGCAACACCGUCAUCGGUAUCGGUCGAGACCUUGGUGGAGCUGGCCGAGAAGUCGCUGAGGCCAGCCCAAAGUUGGGAAGAGAAUGCGAACUUGUUCCCGAGCACCGACGACUGGGAUGCAGCUCUGGCCCCGUUCCUGGCUUCUGCGCCCAAAUCUGCGCUGGCUAUCACGAACACACUCAAUGGCGCUGCCUAUCUGGUGGAGCCAGCUGUCGCGUCUGCCGACAUCCGGAAGAUGAGUCGUGACGCGGACGGCUACGCUGCAGCAUAUCGCAUUGCACAGUAUGUAGCAAAGCUUUCCAGGAUCCCACGUUUCAGGGUGCAAACCGCACCCAUCGAAGUGCGUGACGCUUACUUGCGCAACCUGGCUCUUACUGUCCAGCUCGUUGGGGACAACCUUAGCCUCGCGGGUGCGAAUGGUCUGUGGACGGACUACAGUGCUGACACGGAGAAUGACGCAAUGUCAUUCAAGUCUGAUGCUUCAGGGUUCACCACACAAGAGCUAACAAGAGUGAGCGGAUCGAUGUCUUCGUUGGCCAAAAACAACGACGAGGACUCGUUGUUGACUUGGGCCCAGGAUCUUCUUGGUCGAAUCGACACAAGCACUUCUGCUCAGGCCUACUAUGCUGCGCGCGCCUACAGUACACUGGUCUCACGUGCCAUCACAUUCCACGGGUGGAAGAGCUCGUGGACCGCACAGGUGCAAGACACCCUCAAGACCAUCAGAAAGAACAAGCAGGUUGUCCCUCUCCUUGCGUACCUGACCGCGUUCGAAGAGCCACUCGCAGCAUCGAAGGCCUGCGAGCGUAUGUGCAAUGAGCUCAUCGCGGAUCUUACCGGCCUUGAUAUCGACCAAAAGCCACAAGAGGGAUUGAGUCAGCUUGUCGUGCUCAACGCAGUGCUCUCUCAAGAUCAUAUCACCGAGACUAUCGCCAAGCAGCGCCUCGUCUUCUUCGUCAAGCAUGUUGUGCCUUGGCUGGACACGGCCCAUGGUUCAGUGGAGAUCAGAGCAGAAGUCUGUCGCGCAUUGACUUCCUUGCUUCCACUCAUGAGUGACCUGUACGGCGAGCAUUGGGGUGAAAUCCUUAACGCACUGUCAACAGCCUGGUCCAGUACGACUGAGCUACAAGGAACUGAGGUCGAAGCCAGCAGCCCAAUUCCCUUCACACAUGCGUCUCUCAAGCUCUAUGAGCAGUUACGCAAGCUGACGGAGGGUGAAGAUCCCAACGAUGAUCUUCUUGAGGUCUGGAAGGAGACCGAGCAGACGAUUGCGGCGGGGUUGAUCAACCUGCUCAAGCACUCACAGCACUUCCCAGAUGAGUUCCAUCAGCCUCUGAAGAUAGUCAAUGAGGUCCUUGCCCGCCAGAUUGCCAAGGUGCCAUUGCAGCACCUCGACUCGGCCGAGGAGCUUUACCCACUGCUUUAUGUGGAGUCACAACCAGUUCAACAAACUGCGUUCGACAUUUUGCACAAGCAGAUUCCUGCCGCACAAGAGCAGAUCUCUAUCGAUUCUGCACUAUCCAAGACUACAGCUCGCCUACCAGAAGAACUACUUUCGUUGAUCAUCGAGGCGCCAACAGUUGCAGCAUUGGCGGAGGUCAACUUUGAGCGCAGUGCCCCGCUGUCGUUGAGGGGUUACUUGUUGAGCUGGUUGCUUGUCUUUGACCACCUCGAGCACGCGUCCUUCAAAGUCAAGAACGACUACAUCGACCACAUCAAAGAAGGCGACCACCUCCCCGGCCUCCUCGACUUCACGUUCGACUUCCUCGGCCAUGCGCACAACAAGCCCGUCGACGUAUCCAGACUCGACGUCACAACCUACCGCCCCGACACCGAGUCACCAAAACAAGACAUCCAGUUGCUUCUCACACAUCUCUACUACCUGACCCUCCUGCACACCCCUUCCCUCACAAAGUCUUGGUUCAAUGCGCUCACAAGCAGGUCGAGAGCCAUCGCCGUGACCCUUGAGCCUUGGACUGAGAAACACAUCUCACCACCCGUCAUCGCCGCAGCGCUCGACAGCGUGACAACCUGGGCCGGCACAGCGACAGACGACACGUUCGGCGUUCGUGUCGCGCCGCGUGCUCGCGAGAUUACGGCGAGCUAUUUACUCGACGAACAGACGAUGAGCAUGCGGAUCUCGCUUCCACCUGCCUUCCCCUUGGCCAACGCGCACAUCGAAGGCCUGAAUCGCGUCGCUGUUAACGAGCAGAAGUGGCAGUCUUGGCUGCGCACCAGUCUUGGUGCUAUCACCAUCUUCAAUGGAUCACUCAUUGAUGCGUUGAGUACGUGGCGCAGGAAUGUUGAGGGUGCAUUGAAGGGACAGACUGAGUGCGCUAUCUGCUACAGUAUCGUUGGGCCUGACAGGAAGGUCCCUGAUAAGCGGUGCGGCACUUGCAGGAAUGCGUUCCACGGCGCGUGUUUGUUUAAGUGGUUUAAGAGCAGUGGUAGCUCGAGCUGUCCACUUUGCAGGAAUCCUUUCAACUAUGGUUAAGCGGUUCGACAUAGCUUGGAGAGUGCACGAACCUCACCCUAUUCAUAGUUUAGAGACGAGGAAUGUUGUAGAAGUCAAAGUCGACGUGCAAAUGCCCUAACGAGGGAACGAGUCUAUCCAUUCCGCCUGCUAUCGAUACAAUCUCAACAGCCGCC